AUGAAGGAGCGCGAGGACGAGCUGCGGGCCAUGUGGGGCAAGGUCGCCCUCGGCGGAGGAGAGCGCGCGAGGGACAAGGCCAAGAAGGCCGGCAAGCUCCUCGUACGCGAGCGCAUCGACAAGCUCCUCGACCCGUUCUCGCCGUUCCUCGAGCUGUCGGCGCUCGCGGCCGAGGGCAUGUACGGCGGCAAGGUCCCAGGAGCGGCAAUGGUCACCGGCAUCGGCAGGGUCAACGGCGUCGAGUGCAUGAUUGUCGCCAACGACGCAACCGUCAAGGGCGGCUCGUACCACCCGAUCACGGUCAAGAAGCACCUUCGCGCGCAGGAAAUCGCCGCGCAGAACCGCCUGCCCUGCAUCUACCUCGUCGAGUCGGGCGGUGCCGCUUUGCCGCAUCAACGCGACGUGUUCCCGGACCGCGAGCACUUCGGCCGCAUCUUCUACAACAUGGCGCGCAUGAGCGCAGACGGCAUUCCGCAACUCGCCGUCGUUCACGGCAUCUCGGUCGCUGGUGGAGCCUACGUGCCGGCCAUGGCAGACGAGAACAUCAUCGUCGCCAACCAGGGCUCGAUCUUUCUCGCCGGGCCGCCGCUCGUCAAGGCCGCCCUCGGCGAGGAGGUCGACUCCGAGACGCUCGGCGGCGGCGCCAUGCACGCUCGUGAGAGCGGCGUCGUCGACCACCUCGCGAUCAGCGACGAGCACGCGCUCGCUCUUGCACGUCAAGCCGUCGGCGGCUUCGCGUCGGCCGGGACGGGCGGCGGCCAUUCUGCGCCCGCGAGCGAGAUGGGCUCGAGCGCGCCGGCCGACGAGCCGCUGUACGACCCGCACGAGCUCGGCGGCGUAACGGGCACCAACCUCAAGAAGAGCUGGGACAUGCGCGAGGUGAUUGCGCGCACGGUCGACGGCAGCAGGUUUGCCGAGUGGAAGCGCGAGUGGGGCGAGACGGUCGUCACGGGCUUCGCCCACGUCCAUGGUCACCAAGUCGGCAUCAUCGCCAACAACGGCGUCCUCGUGUCCAACUCGGCGCUCAAGGCGACCCAGUUCAUCCAGCUGUGCGAGCAGCGCGGCGUCCCGCUCGUGUUCCUCGUCAACAUCACGGGCUUCAUGGUCGGCACGGCGGCCGAAAAGGGCGGCAUCGCCAAGAACGGCGCCAAGCUCGUGCGGGCCGUCGCGGCGACGUCGUGCCCCAAGAUCACGAUCAACGUUGGCGGGUCGUACGGCGCCGGCAACUACGGCAUGGCUGGGCGAGCGUACUCGCCGCACUUCCUCUUCUCAUGGCCCUCGGCGCGCGUCGCCGUCAUGGGUCCCGACCAGCUCUCGAGCGUCAUGGCGACCGUCUCGACCGACCACGACCAGACGGCGCGGCUGCGCGACCAGAUUGAGCACGAGAGCGAGGCCGUGUUCGGCAGUGCGAGGCUGUGGGACGACGGCAUCAUCCUGCCCUCGGACACGCGCACCGUCCUCGGGCUCGCGCUCGGCGUCGUCAACAAGGCGUGGCGGCCUGAGGAGCGCAAGAAGGUGGGCAACUUUGGCGUCUUCCGCAUGUAG